AAAUUAAUCAUCCCUUCCCUUUAAUCUAAACAUAUACCAUUCUAUCACACAUUAAUCAUCUUCCAUCCAAAACUAGUCCUCCCAUUUUUUACAAAUGAAAUUGAUACUAGCAACCCUUAUAAUCUCCUCAUUAAAUUUAAUUCAUGGACAAAUUAUUUCAUCUUGCACAUCCUCAAUGAUUACCAAGAGUUUCACUCCUUGUGCUAACAUCAUUACAGGAAGCACUAAUAACGCACCAAGUUCUUCUUUGCCAAGUUCUCCUUUACCAGCUCCAAGCCCAGGAUUUAUUGGAUCAAACAGCCCAACUAUCCUUUCAAGUGCUCCAAUUCCCUUAAGCCCUCAAGAUUCAAAAACUUUGGGAGUAGAUGAAACAUACAAAUAUGAGAAUCUGAAAUUGGCACAGGCAGGGGCAGUGGCACCAUCAUCAACACCAAUAGAAGCAGAAGCUCCUACUAAAACUUCAAGAAUUCUACCAGUUUUGACUCCUUCUCCUUCAGCAUCAUAUCCAUUGUCACCUUCUGCAUUCUUACUCAUAGGAAUUGUAAUGCUUUUUAGCAUUCAUUAAAUUGUUAAUGUGCAACAGCUACCAUUCUUACUCAUAGAAACAUUAUGCAUGUAUUAAAUUGUUUUUUAUUAGUUUCUGCUUUCUGAUUGCUUAAUAUUAUACACUCGUUUUCUUUAUAUAAGUAAUUAAUAAUGGUUAUAUAUGGACCCGUCGCAAUUCAAAAA